AUGCCCCUUAAAACGUCAAUGUACAGAAAGCCAUCCUCUGGGCAUUGGCCCAGCAGGAAGUCCAAGCGCAGGGAGGUGCUGUCUGUCAACAUGGUUAGCCUACCCUUGGCGGAUUUCCGCCACAUCACACAUAUUGGCAAUGAUGCCCAUACAGACAGUUUCGGUGACCUGUCCUUCUUAAAAAUGGGCCAUAAUCUGCUUCUACAAAGCUCCCAGAGCGAGCAGAAUCUUUUCCUGGCCUGCUCUCCACCACCCAAGCCCCCACGUCUGAACCUGGAUGAGGCAGAGGGUUCAGAGAGCCCCGACUGCCAAGUAGGCCGCCAGUACAACGCAUCCCAGAGGAAAAAGAAAUGCAGCUCUAUGCCACUUCUGGAGAGCGAGGAAGCAGAUGGAGAGAUGGAAAAGGAGGAUGGGUACAAAACACGGAAUUAUGUUGCUUCCAGUCAGAAUUACAGUCCUAGAUGGGGCAGCCUGAGUUCAGACAAAGAUGGAGACUCGACAGACACCUGCACCAAAACCGCUGGCCAGCAGGAUGAGGACAGUAGCUUUUCAUUUAGCUUCGACCUGGGCCCUUCAAUCCUGGAUGACGUGCUCCGGGUGAUGGACAAACUCCACCACUAGACAAGACAGUAGCCAAAUGCUGCAGGAAGUGCUUUACUAAAAGUUUGGGGUAUGGAAAAGAGAUCCAACUCCAAC